GGCAACAGACAGGGCUUGGGUGGUGAGCUGCGCAUGUGCAGCAGCGGGGGUUCUUCUUAAAACGUAAAGUAAAAGGCGCCGUGAAAUCUCCGGGUUGCUGACUGAAGCCGCGAUGGCGACGAGCAACCCGUCCGUGUUCCUUCUCACGGUCAACGGACAAAUUGAGGGAGCAAACUUUCCAGAGUAUGACAACUUGUACUGUAAAUACUGUUUCGUCUACGGCCACGACUGGGCUCCCACCUCGGGGCUGGAGGAGGGCAUCACUCAAAUAACAUGUAAAGGCAGCCAGUCUUCACACAAAUUAAUAUGGAACUUCCCACUGGAGACGACGUUUAAGAGCACAAACCCCUCCGGAUGGCCUCAGCUGGUGCUGAGUGUGUACGGUCCAGAUGUGUUUGGCAACGACGUGGUCAGAGGCUACGGAGCGACGCACAUCCCCUUCACACCCGGACAACACACGCGGACCGUCCCCAUGUUCGUCCCCGAGCCCACGUGGAGACUUCAGAAAUUCACGAGCUGGCUGAUGGGGCGGCGGCCGGAGUACACAGACCCUAAAGUAGUGGCCCAGGGUGAAGGCAGAGAAGUGACGCGGGUUCGAUCCCAAGGCUUCGUCACCGUCUCCUUCCACAUCAUCACUAAAGACAUGAAGAAGCUGGGUUACGACACCGGACCGUCGAGCCCCGCCAACACAGCGGCUGCCCCAUCCGGCUGGUCGGCAGAGGAGCAGCCAAUCAACAUGCAGUAACACAAGUCUUUUACUUUGAAAGGAAAGAGCGUCAGUUAUGGCCCAUCUUAAAUUAUCCACAACUCUUAUCAGAACACACUCCUGUUUUUUAUAGCAAAAAUAAAUGUAUUUUAAUGAGAUGUCUUUUUAUGUAGUUUUAGAUUUACUCUUUUUUUUUAAAACCUUUUUUUUAAAUAAAUACCCUACCUCUGAA